UAGAAUGUUAUCUGUAAAACGGUCUUAUUGACAACAAAAAUAAAAACAAAUAUUGAUCCGAUUUGUAAUCCAUAUUUUAAAGAUUGAAGAAAGGAUUUGUCUUUCCAAGUUCUUGUCGUAUUUCAUUGAUUGUAAAUUUCAAACUAAUAGAGAAAAGAAACAUUAUCACUAAAGGAACCAAAAAUCUGUUUAAAUGGACGAAUUUGGUCUUACCGUUGAAGAAUUUAUAAACGCAAUAAAAGACUUUAAAAAUGUAUCAGACCAAAUUAACGACGGAUGGCGGUUCUAUGAAAACGAAAAUGAGAUACAUAAAUCGUAUCUUAAAAAGGAAUCCUUUACUAAUUUUGAUUUACAAGGCGAAAUAACUCUUUGUAAAGUGGAAUACAAUAUUUUCUACAACAUCAGCUAUGCAGUUCCUUCUUUUAGUUUUAAUGUUUGGAGGUCGAACGGGACCUUGCUAACUCUUGAAGAAAUUAGACAACUGUCCUUCAUACAUAUAAAGCGCGAGGAUUUCUACUCAGUUAUAACCCAAAAUGAGCAUCCUCUGUUUGGCCGACCAUACUUCAUCAUGCAUCCUUGUCACACCGCCAAGCUUCUGGCGCAAUUCAAGCUCAACUCAAGAAAUAUUAUUGUAACAUUCCUAAGUCUCAUUACGCCAUUAUUGAAACUAGAAUUGCCAUUAGAAUAUGGCCUUUAAAAAUAUUUAAACAAAUAUUGCAAUGUUAAAAUUUUUAUUCCGCUUUGAAGUAGUGAGUUUUCAUUCUAAUAAGUAUAACCUUUUUAUGCUUGUAAUUUAAGAAUGGGUGAAAACCAAGUGUUUGUGACUUAACACAUUAAGUGCACCAAAUCUGGUGAGUACACUUUUGUACAAGAAAAAUAUAGCAUGGAAUGUGUUAAGAGUGAUUGAGAUCUAGUCAUUGUAUUGAGCUGUAAAACUGUUAAGGAGAGAGAAGAAAUAACUAAUUCUUUGAGGCAAAAAUAUUUAUCAAACUAGCCAAAGCAGUUAGUACUUAUUAUGUAUUUUAUCUUUACUGUAAUGUUUAAUCUGUAUGCUUCUUUUAUAUUUAAAAAUAUACCAGAAUUGGUAACUAAUAAAAUACAUUUAGCUUGAUAUUACUGUUUAAAAAAUAUACUCCAUUCAUGCAAUACUCUAUUGGAAAAGCAAGAAGUUUUUAUUUUGUUAUUAUGUGUCAGCAUUAUGGUAACUGUAAUUUAUAACUUCUGGUUACCUCUUUGCUGUGCAGCAUUAUCUAUGUAGAUGUAGGAAAUGCUUAGUUUCGUGCUCAAAUCUCGUUGAUUUAUUUAUAUUUUCUUGUAUGAUCCAAUUUUAUAAAUUAAUAAAUGUUAUUAAAUUUAUUGAAUUGA